AAAUUGUCUGAAUAAUUGCCUGUCGUCUUUUUCUGUCGUCAACGAAAACAGCAUUUUGUAUUGUACGAUUUAUUUUCACAAAAUCAAAGUAACCGUGACAAUAAAAUGAUACAGAAAACGAUGAAGUGAUGGGUGACAAGUUCUUUCUUUUUUCUUUUCUUCUUUGUUUGCCUCUGGCGAAAGCUGGUCUGAAUUUUUUCAUCAGUCAACAGGAAUCUUUUAGAGUGUUGGGACUUGUGGCCGAGUUGGCGUAUGUAAGAGAUGGAAGUAUUAACGAUGUCGCACAACAUUUUGUGGUUCCCGUACCGGCCCACAUACAUGAACUCUGUUUUGUUUGGGUUAAUGCUGAUCCUAAAUCAGUUAAAUACUCCAUUUUUACAAAGGAUAAUAGUAUGCAAUCAGUCAACCAUGUUUCCUUAAACAUUUCAAACCAAGGUGUGGUGCCACGAGAGCCUCAGAUAUUUUGCCUACUUUUGCCUUGUACCACCAUUUUGCCUUCAAAGCUAGAGGUUUCCAUGAAGAUCAAUUUCACUUCUUUUAACAAUGUGACAGUGUUGAAUGUUGUAAUGAAAAAAGAUUGCUCAUCAGAAGAAUUGAGAAAUGUUGAACAAGAUGUUCUGUCCAAAGUGAUUCCAGCAGAGGAUUCCUCUUUCAUGCUGUAUGUUGCUGUGGGAGUAGCUUUUGGAAUACUUGUAGUGUCACUGGCAGCAGCUUCUUGUUUUCUUUGUCCCAAACAUAAUUUAUGUCAUCAGCAACCACCAAGAACAAUUGUGCCCAGUGGUACAGCUUUAUACUCCCCUGUUCAAGCCACGUGCAAUGAAGAUCUUGGGGCAGCAACGCUAUGUGUCAGUGAUCCAGCUGCACAUCAAAUUGUUAUUGAAGAUAAAACAUCUUUUCGACUUCAACGAAAUAAUAUUCACAUAGGAAGUACGCUGUUAGAGGGCACAUUUGGUUCAAUUUUUCACGCGACCUUGCAGAUUCCUUGUCAGCCGCUGAAGGAUGUCAUAGUCAAGACAGUCAAACAUAAUGCAGCUGAGAUGCAGGUCAAGCUUAUGAUGGAAGAAGGAACAAGGUUCCAAGAUUUGGUGCAUCCAAAUAUUUAUCCGUUGAUUGGCAUAGUGGAUGGAGAUGGAAGCCGGCCGUUAUUGGUCUAUCCAUCAGUGACUUAUGGAAAUCUCAAAACGCCUCAUAAAUGUACACUUUGUUUUAGAUGGUUAUUGUACUGCCGGGGAUCUUUGGAUGGUAGUCUACCGCAUCCCCUCUGUACACAGGACCUGGUGACCAUUGCACUACAUGUUUUGCGCGGAGUACAAUACCUUCACCAACAAAAUAUUAUCCACAAGGAUCUGGCAACAAGAAACUGCGUAAUUGACGACCAGUUUCAUGUAAAACUAACGGACAUGGCAUUAUCACGGGAUUUCUUUCCCAACGACUACCAUUGCCUAGGCGACAACGAAAAUCGACCAAUAAAAUGGAUGGCAAUGGAAUCGCUUACUCGAAGAGAGUUCUCCACCUCUUCUGAUAUUUGGUCCUUUGGAGUAGUCCUAUGGGAAGUCACCACUUUGGCUCAACAGCCGUACGUUGAAAUUGAUCCUUUCGAAGUUGGCCGAGUCCUUCGUGAUGGAUAUAGGCUAACUCAGCCAGUCAACUGUCCUGACGAACUGUAUGCAAUUAUGGCCUAUUGCUGGGCUUCUUCGAAAAACGAACGCCCGACGGCUCCCCAGUUGUAUCGUGAGCUGCAUCAGUUUCAUCAUCAGCUCAACGAAUACAUUUAAAAUUUCACAAUACCUUUUGAACGCGACACUGGUUAAGCGCAUAACGGUUUUAACUUUCAGUCAACUUAUACUACCUUGCCUUCUGACAUACUCGCUAACGCAUAGCACAAUUUUUUCCCAAAUAAACAUUUAAAGGUUUUUUUU